AAAAAUAGGAAUAAACUUGUCAAAGAUGAGAAGGCCGUCUGAUUUUCUGUCCAAAUGUCUUUUUUCCUAAAGCAUGCAAGUAACAACAAGCCAGAAAAGUGUCUAAAACAACAUUUUGAGGGAGAACUUGCUUAAUGUGGGAGGAAAGCUAUCAUCCCUCCCUCCACGCAUCUAUAUUCUUCCUCCUCCCAAAGCCCUGAAUCAGCACCUUUAGACAGACCCAACCGAGAGGCGUCUGCACGUAUAAAGAGCGGUGGGCGCUGGGCGGGACAGAACCGAGCUGUGCUGCGGAGACACGUUACUCGUCCUGGGACGCUGCAGAGGAAUUAUACAGUCUGUGUCUGUGUGGAGCCUCACUGACAGACGCUAAACUUCAGAUACUCCACAACAGAAGCUGCUGUUAAAAUCAUCUGGAGCAACAUGAGAGAGUGCAUCUCUAUCCAUGUGGGCCAAGCAGGUGUCCAGACAGGAAAUGCCUGCUGGGAGCUUUUCUGCCUGGAGCACGGUGUUGGGCCUGAUGGUGUCUUCCUGGACGCUCCUGCAGAAGCAAACUCUCGAGAAGAUCCAUUCAACACUUUCUUCAAUACUGGGAGCUCUGGGCGUCAUGUUCCAAGAGCGAUAUAUGUAGACCUGGAGCCCACAGUAGUUGAUGAAGUGAGAGUGGGAAAGUACAGGGAGCUCUUCCACCCGGAGCAGCUGAUUUCUGGAAAGGAGGAUGCAGCCAACAACUACGCUCGAGGUCAUUACACUGUCGGGAAAGAAAUCAUUGAUGGGGUCAUGGAGCGCAUCCGUAAAAUGACCGACCAGUGCACUGGCCUGCAGGGGUUCCUUGUUUUUCACAGCUUUGGAGGGGGAACUGGCUCUGGCUUCACCUCUCUACUGAUGGAGCGUCUUUCUCUCGACUACGGCAAGAAAUCCAAGUUGGAGUUUGCUGUCUACCCAGCUCCUCAUGUGUCCACCGCAGUGGUGGAGCCCUACAAUGCCAUCCUAACCACCCACACCACCCUGGAGCACUCUGACUGUGCCUUCAUGGUCGAUAACGAGGCCAUCUACGACAUAUGUCGUCGCAACGUGGACAUCGAGAGUCCUGGUUAUAUCAACCUCAACAGAUUGAUCGGUCAGAUUGUUUCCUCCAUCACCGCCUCCCUUCGUUUUGAUGGCGCCCUAAAUGUCGAUCUGAUGGAGUUCCAGACGAACCUGGUCCCAUUUCCACGCAUCCACUUCCCUCUGGUUACCUACUCACCCAUCAUCUCUGCUGAGAAGGCAUACCACGAGCAGCUGACCGUAGCUGAGAUCACCAGUGCUUGCUUUGAACCUACCAACCAGAUGGUCAAAUGUGAUCCUCGUAACGGCAAAUAUAUGGCAUGCUGCAUGCUGUACCGAGGCGAUGUCAUACCAAAGGAUGUAAACACUGCCAUUGCAAAUAUCAAGACCCGACGCUCCAUUCAGUUUGUUGACUGGUGCCCCACUGGCUUCAAGGUCGGCAUUAAUUACAAGCCUCCAACUGCUGUUCCUGGUGGAGACCUAGCUAAGGUCCAGAGGGCUGUGUGCAUGCUGAGCAACACCACUGCUAUUGCAGAAGCCUGGUCUCGUCUUGACCACAAGUUUGACCUCAUGUACGCUAAGCGUGCGUUUGUCCACUGGUAUGUGGGCGAAGGCAUGGAGGAGGGAGAGUUUGCAGAGGCCAGAGAGGACCUGGCCUGUCUGGAAAAAGAUUACGAAGAGCUGGGCCGAAUGAACCCCGACUCUGAAAACGACGAAGAAUACUGAAACUUGCGAGGCCUAAAUCUGUGAUAGCAAAGCAGUUAUUUCAUCCCAAAUAACCAAAGCGAAUACAUUUCUCGCUGCCUUUUUUUAUAAUGCCAUUUUUAAGUGAGCUAAGUUGCAUUUGAAUU